AUGCUCUUUGCACCUUUCCUCACCCAACUACUCUUAGUCCAAGCCAUUGCGGUUCAAGCCAGGCCGCAGGCAUUGGGCUACGCCCAGAAUCCGAGCCAAGAAAUCCAGUGGGGGCCAUGCAGUCUAUCGCAAGAACCAACCUUGCCCAUGGUCUGCGGGACCCUGGAUGUCCCACUUGAUUAUACGCAGCCGAACUCGUCCGAAACGCUUACUCUCGAACUGGCAAAGGUGCCUGCCGCAAACCAACCCGCGAAGGGAAGCAUCCUGUUCAACUUUGGCGGACCCGGCAUCCCUGGGAGAGUGUCGCUGGCAUACGGAGCGGCCCAAAUGCAAGCCAUGGAAGGAGGUUACCACGACCUCAUCACCUUUGACCCCAGAGGAACUGUAAACACGCUGCCUGUUUCUUGCUACGAUAGCGACGAAGCGAGGGCUCAGGCUAUUCAAAUUGCUCUUCUUGGAAAUGCAUCGGAUGUAGCCCGGGGAACCAUCUGGGCCACCUCGAGAGCGGUGGCUGAUAGCUGCAAAGAGAACGCGGAGGAUAUUGGAGGCCUCGUCGGCACGGCCUUUUACGCAAGAGACCUCAUGCAGGUUGUGGAUGCGCUCGGAGACACCGACGGGCUGCUGAACUUUUGGGGCCUCUCUUACGGCACUACGCUAGGAGCCACCGUUGCUGCCAUGUUCCCUGAUCGAAUGGGUAACGUGCUCCUAGACGCAGUCUACAACCCGCACGACUACUGGCGCGGACAAAACAUUGAAAUGUUCACCGACACAGACAAGACAUUCUCUCACUUCCUCUCCGCAUGCAUCGACGCAGGCGAUACCCAGUGCGCCCUAGCCAGCCUGAACACAACCGCGAAGAAACUAGAAGCAUCCGUAUACAACCUCCUGGACACCAUCAAGUACAACCCGAUCCUUUACAACAACACCCUCGUCGACUACAGCAUCGUCAAGGGCAUAACCAUGAACACGCUCUACACCCCCGCCGACUACCCCACCCUCGCCAUCUUCCUCCACGGCCUGCUCACGAGCAACGCCACCGAAUUCGGCCCCAUCAUAGACGCAACCAUCCAGUCAGGCGAGUCGAGGAGCACCAUAGGCGAGAGCUGGAGCGCCAUCGAAUGCGGCGACAAGACGCAGCGGCAGUCGACCAAGGAGGACAUCGCGUGGGCGCUGGACGGGCAGGAAGCCAUCAGCAGGCUCGGAGGCGACUGGAAAGCGGGCUCCUUGAUGACGUGCGCGCAGUGGCAGAUGCAGGCCAAGGAGCGCUACUUGGGCGACUUCCGCGUCAAGACGAAGAACCCCGUGCUGCUGGUUGGCAACACGUGGGAUCCCGUCACGCCGUUCCUGUCGGCGAAGAACUUGACGUAUAGUCUGGAAGGGAGCGUGGCGUUGGAGCAUAGGGGCGCGGGGCAUGGAUCGAGCGCGCAGAUUUCUGUCUGUACGUCGAACGCGAUUCGGGCGUACUUCUUGAACGGCACUAUGCCUGCCCCUGGGACUGUUUGUGAGGCCGACGUUCCUUUGUUCUCAAACAUUACGUGGCAGGACGUUCUUCUUUGA